AGUUCUGGUCCGUCCUUUUUGAAUUCCUAUACAGAAUAUGUUUCCCGUCUUGGAUUCCGCCCACCUUCUUCCAGGGAUCCUCAUGAUUCUGUUGGAGCGGCUGGGGAGAGUCUCUCCUCAGAUGCCUCGUCGGUUGGCCGGAAUAUUAUCGGCGCACUCCCGGUUCGGCUUGCGCCGGUUGACAUCCGUGCCUUUCUUCCCCCAUUACCCCUAGCUACCGAGCUUUUAGAAGUCUUUCGGAAGAAUAUCCAGGAAUGCACGGUGAUAUUCUAUUGGCCGACGAUAGAAGCGAAGUUCAAAAGAGCUUGGGACGCGCCUAUAUGGGACUCAGAUUCUGAAGCCGUAAGGAGUGUUUUCUGUGUGAUCGUUAUGAUUACGGCAGUGGCAAGUCAGCUCGUCGACCCGAGUCGGUUGCGGAAUCCUGACGGCGGUGAUUGGUCAACUGAUAAUGAAAGGUGGGAUAUGUAUUCACUCUUACCUUUUCCCUUUGGAAAUGUAUUGGAUUCCAAGAUGACAUGUACCACCGCGCUGAUAUUCUUUUUAGGAACGGGUGGAUCUUCUUUGAGCUUGGAAAGAAAUAUUCCAAUCCAAAUAACCCGAGCUACUCGAUCGAUGAUGCUAUUUAUCUUCUCUUGAUGGCGUUUUACCUUGACAAAGCCUUUCUUCCCUCUCCUUGUUGGAUGGUAACGGGAUCUAUGGCUCGCGUGUGCCAGGACAUAGGCUUGUACCGCCGUGCACCUGCUGGGAUGUUCAGCGGUAUAGACGUAGAAUCCCGGACCCGACUUUUCUGGGCUGCCUAUAUCCAGGACCGUAAGAUAUCCAUGAAGCAAGGGCGUCCAGUAAUAUUUCUGGAUAGGCACAUAGAUGUGGGGUUGCCAGGCGGGCACGUGGGGACUGGUGUCGGAUCUGGUGGGGGGGAGGACCUGGAAGCUGCGAAAAAGUCUUUACAAGUUUUUCGGGCUACCAUUGGUGUUGCCCAAACUUCAGAGUCUUUGCUGAAUAUCAACCUGAGACACGAUGGAGAAGCAGAAGAUGUCCAGCUGCUGCGAAGCGUGGACGAGAUGUUGAAGAGGUCAUGGGAAGCUUAUCCGCCAGACCUGACUGACUUGUCGGAGAGUGGCCCCAUCGAUCUGCCCGCUUUAAGACCGUUAUUCCAUCUUCAACACUCCAGGAUCGUUCUCUACCGUUAUUUUACCGACUUUAGCGAGACAUUGUCGCUCACCAACAACUUUAGAACGUUUUGCUUGUGCCAAUCUAUCCAGGUAUCGAAAAUCACGGCUCAUCUGCUCUUGAGGGCCUCUAAAGACCCUGACUUUGAUGUGGCUUUUGGCCUCGGCUCCGAGGAGCUUGUGCGCAUCCAUACAUUUCGUGUCGCAACGAUCUUGUUGCUAGGAUAUUAUUGCAAGGACCGCAAUCUGCCAGGUGUCUCCAAGGAAGAGGUCGAUAUAUGCGCAAGUGCCCUUACAUCGGUUGCAAAGACCAAUCGCCAGGCAGGGGAGAAACUCCUGGGGUUGUUUAAAGACUUUGCUCUCAUGUUUGGGUAUUCGGUGGCGCCAAGUCUUGCUAGCGGUUCCGCUUUAACGGCUGUUAAGGAAGGUUCCGAGGUAUCACCGCCCGCUGCCAGUUCUUGGUGCUCUGAACCCUCACAAAAUACGCUACAGCCUUCUUCGUCGCUACCCUUACCACGUUUCGGGGGUGGGUUCAACGUUUACCCAUCAACGCCACCAGAGGCGUCAGCCCAGGAAGCUUCAGCAUCAGAGUUUCCAACCCAUGCCCCUCCUAGUUCCGGCGCCGCGCACCCACACUGGCUUCAUGCAACGACGGGUGCCAUAUUGUUACCUGUCGCUGGCAGCGGCGGCGGCGCUAGUGGGGAGAGUUCAGGGGGCAUUUUUAUCCAUCCAGAGAUUGGGACUGGAUCUGCAGCUGCUGGUGCUGCUGGCGCUUUGGCAGGCAGCUCGUUGGGCGCCGAAGGCCGGAUUGAUUGGGGCGCGUACCAGCAAAUGAUGCAGUUUGAUCCAGGGUUCGCAGCGUACAUGUUAGGUCCCAAUGAUAGGGAUUUUCAUUGA